AUGAAUGCAUUAAUUGAUCAGGCUUGGGAAGCUGCAAGAUUAAAUAAUGUCGAGAAAUUAAGAAGCAUUGUACCAGGAAGUUUGUCGCCAGAUGCUAAAAAGAUAUCAGAAAAAAAUCAUUGCCAUUCACUUUUAAUGUGCGCUGCUGCAUAUGGAAGCGUCGAUUGCGCAAAAUAUUUAUUAGAAUCACAUGCAGAUCCUAAUUUAAAGAAUUUUACAGGCUUUACAGCUUUACAUUGGGCUGCUUUUACAAAUCGUGUUGAUGCUGUCGACAUUUUAUUACAAUUUGGAGCAGAUAUUGAGGAACGGACAGAUGAUGGUAAAACACCAUUCCAUAUUGCAGCAUUUCGUGGACAUCGUGACUUUAUGGAAUAUUUAAUGAGAAAAGGAGCAGAUAUUAAUGCCGUUGAUUCUAACGGCUGGAACGCGAUUCACUAUACAAUCAUUUCUAAAAAUCGAGCAGCUGCAGAGUGGCUUGUUGCAAAUAAAGUUUCAUAUAACUUUGUUGAUUCCAAGAAGCAAUCCUUACUACAGUUUUCACAAUUAAAUGGAAACUGGUUUGGAGAAUUUGUAGCAUCCAAUGCAAAUUCAUCAUUUUAA